GGUGUUUCCUCUAACCCUGGAUCGUGAGUUCUAGAGCACUAGAGGCCCGGGCUCCUUUUCAGCCUGACUCUUGGCUGUCUCCAGCGUUCCUGGGACGCUCUGGAAAGCAGCAUGUGCUCCAGAGGGCAGGAGUGGUAUCUGGCCCUGCAACUGCUACUGCUUCCUCAACUAUUCCUCAUAACCAGCUUUCAAGCUCGUUCACCACAUGAGAUGAUUGUGGUCACUGGCAGCAAUGUGAGCCUGCACGUCCCUGAGCCUGGCAGCUACAAAAAAUUCACCUGGAUUUAUGGCACUGACCAGAAGAUUGUAGAACAGGAUGUGGGCAACAAGCCUGAAUACUUUAAACUUGAAGGCAGGGCCCAUCUUGAUGACCAUGGCACGCUGCACAUCUAUACAGUUCAGGAAAGUGACAGUGGCACCUACAUCCUGCAGGUGUUGGAUAUCACGGGGGUUGAGCGGGAGUGGAAGUUCCUACUGGCGGUGCACAACCCUGUAUCCCAGCCAGACAUAAAUAUUAAGAAGGAAAAGGAAGUGAACAACACCUGUUAUCUGCAACUAUUAUGUGAGACCCCGGACAAGCCUGUAAGCUACACUUGGUAUGAGGACUCAAGGCCCAUUCAACAAAAACCUCAGAAUGGUGUGAUUGUAAUCACCCAUAAGCGAGAUCGCUCCAAGUUUUAUACCUGCCAAGUCAACAAUACUGUGAGCAGCAAUAAUAAGACAAUCGAAGUGGCUACAUCCUGUACUCUGGUUCAAUCCUCUGGAGUAACUUGGAUUGCAACGUGGCUAGUGGGCAUGGUACCUGUUGUUCUUAGCCUCCUACUUACCUAAGAAGAGCUUUUCAAACCCAAGAGUGAAAUUUCAAGGCCAAAAAAUCUUGCCUUCGUCGACACCCAUGCACCAGAUCUCUUAACCAGAAUGGGAGGCCUGGCUAUAUGGGUGGGGGAAAGUGUGUUGUUGAAGAAUUCAUGAAGAUUUUCAAAUUAACUUUUUUAAAACCACUGUUAAUAUUUCAGGAGCUCUGGUGGUGCAGUGACCAAGUGCUUGGCUGCUAACCAGAACGUUAGCAUUUUGAACCCACGAGCUGAUCAUGGGAGAUAGAUGUGGCAGUCUGCUUCUGUAAAGAUUUUACAUUUUUGGAAAAACCAUGCGGCAGUUCUACUCUGUCCUAUAGGGUCACUAUGAGUCUAAAUUAAUUUGACAACAAAGUUUUUUUUGUUAUUGUUUUAUUUAAUAUUGGAGCCCUGGUGGUGCAGUGGUUAAGAGCUUGGCUGCUAACCAAAAGGUUGGCAGUUUGAAUCUAUGGGCCACUCCUUGGAAACCCUAAGGUACAGUUCUACUCUGUCUUAUACGGUCGCUAUGAGUUGGAAUCGACAACAAUGGAUUUUUAGUUGUUUCUCAACACACACUUAUAGAUAUACAUGUAUUCUUCCCACAAGAAAUGUGAUCAUACUACGCAAAUGUUUUCUGAGUUGUUUAAAUAAAUGUUUGAUAUCAUAUUGUAAAAGUU